AGAACACGUGAGCUUAAUCACCCCUUCGCAGAAAGGAGCCCAUGGCCAGAGCGACGGCGAGAAUUCCGGCCAUUCACCGGAACUUUUUGUCUGCUAAUCUUGAGCUUGGGUUUACCGCCGGACAAGCUGCGAGUUUGUCGGACAUGGCGUUCGGGUUUCUUGAGGACGGCGAAGGGUGGCCGGAGAGCUUUAGCAGUACUGGUGGGUGCAGUGAAAAUGGAGCAUUGGAUGAUGACGAAGAUGAUGAUGAUAAGGAGAAGAACUCUAGUAGUGUGGAAGAGAACAAGAAUUUUUGGGAGUCCCAGCACCAGAUUUUACAUACAACCUUAUGCAGAACUAGCUCUCUAGAAUCAGGGAUUCGGAAUGCCACCAAGGAGGCAUUGAAGGAAAUACAAAUGGAUGACAACGUCUGCGUCUGCCUGAGACCAGUUGUUGGUGGUUGCCGGAGUUGUCUGUUGAGAGAAGUCUCCGACCGUCUUCGAAAUGCUGGCUACAACAGUGCUAUCUGCAAGUCAAAAUGGAGGAGCUCACCAAAUAUCCCAUCAGGUGAACACACCUUCUUGGAUGUGGUCCACAACUCAAGCGCCAAGAAAGGAGAGGUGAGGGUGAUAAUUGAGCUGAAUUUUCGAGCUGAAUUCGAGAUGGCAAGAGCCAGUGAAGAAUACAACCGACUAAUCCGCAGACUCCCUGAAGUAUUCGUGGGAAAGGUAGAAAGAUUACACACCCUAGUUAAGAUCUUGUGUAUGGCUGCCAAAAAGUGCAUGAAAGAGAAGAAAAUGCACAUGGGUCCAUGGAGGAAACACAGGUACAUGCAAGCCAAAUGGCUUAGCACAUGCGUAAGGAGUACAUCAACAUCCAGCUUGCUGUCCGGGGACUCCGGCCGGUUGCCAAAGCCAAAGGCUUCCAUGUUGACUGUAGAUUUGAUGGAGAAGUUGCCUAAUAUGCAUUGUACUGCUGUCGAGGUCGUGUGAUUCUGUCCUGCCUGUAAUCCUUGAGUGUGAACUUGGUAGAGUGUACAUAGAGGGAUCUUCAAUAAUGGGGAAAUAUGUAUCUUCCUUCUUGCUAAAUUGCAUGUGAAUGCUUAGAGAAAAAAGAGGGACUGAAGCCUAGUUUCAAAAUUUUAUACAGUUAUAGACAUGAUUGCCGUGUAAUACUCUUAUAAGAAGGAAUGAAUCUCAAGACUGUGACUUGGAUCAAACUUCUUCAUGACUCUGAUUAUAGAACAUAAACCGAAUUCCCAUUGUUCUUUA